AUGACCAAGAAAGUCGUCAUAGCCAUGGACAUCUACGGGACUGUCCUCACUAUGGAGACCAUCGUCCAAGAGCUGGAGAAGCACUUCCCCAAAGCCAACGCUGAGACUAUACUAAAAACAUGGAGACAACACCAGCUGGCGUAUACUUGGAGAUUAAACAGUUUGGGACGCUUCCUACCCUUCUCCGAAGUAACUCGUAACGCCCUGUCCCACACCUUGGCAGAAACCCCCGGAGCCGAUCUGGCAGAGCAGCACAUCAACAGAAUCAUGGCCGCCUUCGAGAACAUGGGCACAUUCCCGGAUGUUGGACCAACGUUGAGUCGACUGGCAGUGACCCCCGGUGUCAUACCGGUGGUGUUCACCAACGGAACCAAGACAAUGGUAUCCCAUUCAUUGUCCAAAUCAAAAGACCUUGCACCAUACUCGGCAGUCUUCCAAGACAUUGUCACCGUCGAAGAUGUCAAGCAAUUCAAGCCAGCGCCGGCAGUGUACGACCACUUAGCGAAGAUGGUGGGAUUAGUAUCCCAAAAGGAAGACAUUUGGGUGAUCAGUGCCAAUCCAUUCGACAUCAAUGGCGCGCGCAACGCAGGUCUCAAAGCCAUCUGGAUCGACCGGAGUUUGACAGGAUGGACCGACAGAGCUGAGCCGAGUCUGGAGCCCACGGCAGUUCUGCACAGCUUGGAAGACAUUAUCCAGACGAUUACUCAUCAUUAUAAAGACGAAUUGAACCGUCAUGUUACACGUUGA